AUGGCAGACUACGGUCAGACCGGUACUCUGACCCUCAAGUGGGAUCCUAAGAACCUCGAGAUCCGCACCACAUCUGUGGAGCGAACACUGGAGCCGCUUGUGUUGCAAGUUACCACCCUCGUCAACAGCAAAGAUAAAGCAGCUAAGAAAAAGAGACCGGGCAAGUCGAAGCGAGCAUCCGCCUUGGUGGCCACUGUGGAGCGAGCGACUGAAAUUUUCAUAGAGAGAGGUCAGACCAUCGCGUACGAGAACCCUGAUAUAACUCAGGAGAUGCUCGCCGCCGUCGAGGAGGUCAGGAAGGCAGGCGCGGCCAUGAGCGUGUCCGCGCGCGAGUUCUCGGAGCAGCCAUGCGCGUCCGCGGCGCGCUCGGGCAUGGUGCGGGCCGCCAGGGCUCUGCUGUCCGCCGUCACGCGACUGCUCAUACUCGCCGACCUGGCCGACGUGCGGCUGCUGCUCAACACCACCAGGAGCGUGGAAUCCGACCUGGACAAGUUGAAGUCUGCCUCGUCUCAGUCCGAGUUAGUGGAGUCAGCCCGCCAGUUCGGUAGGUCCGCUGCCGAGUUGGUGGCCCAAGCGGCCAGGAGACAGAAGGAGUUACGAGAGCCGAGGACCAGGGAUGACCUGGCCGCGGCCAGGGCUGUUCUGAAGAAGCAUUCCACAAUGCUCCUCACCGCUUCCAAGGUGUACGUCCGUCACCCCGAGUUGGCGGCGGCUAAAGCUAACCGCGAUUACGUGUUGCGCGCCGUCUGUUCCGCCGUUACCGCGAUAUCUGCGGCCGCUCAUGCGCGUCCCACUCAUGGUUCCAAUCGUCCCGCUGUCGAAGGACCUGGAGAGUUGGCUCAAGCUCUGGACGAUUUUGAUGAGCGCAUGGUGAUGGAGCCGCUCGCCUACUCGGAGUCGCGCACGCGCCCGUCGCUGGAGGAGCGCCUCGAGUCCAUCAUCUCCGGCGCCGCGCUCAUGGCCGACAGCUCCUGCACCAGAGAUGAACGUCGCGAGCGUAUAGUGGCGGAAUGUAACGCAGUUAGACAGGCUCUGCAAGAUCUCCUGCACGAGUACAUGACCAAUGCCGGCAAGGCGGAGCAGUCGGAGGGGCUGGAGCGCGCCAUCGAGCACAUGUGCCGCAAGACGCGCGACCUGCGCCGGCAGCUGCGCAAGGCCGUCGUGGACCACGUGUCCGACAGUUUCCUGGAGAGCAACGUGCCGCUGCUGGUGCUGAUGGAGGCGGCGCGCGGCGGCCACGAGAAGGAGGUGGAGGAGUACGCGCUCGUGUUCACCGAGCACGCCAACAAACUGGUCGAGGUCGCCAAUCUGGUUUGCUCCAUGUCCAAUAACGAAGAUGGCGUCAAGAUGGUGAGACACGCGGCCGGACAGAUCGAGGCGCUCUGUCCACAGGUGAUAAACGCGGCGCGAGUGUUAGCCGCUCGGCCUCGAUCGCGAGUCGCUCAAGAGAACGCGACGGCAUUUUCCCGCGCGUGGGAGCAAGCCGUCAAACUGCUGACGGACGCCGUCGACGACAUCACCACCAUAGACGACUUCCUCGCCGUCAGCGAGAACCAUAUCCUGGAGGACGUGAACAAGUGCGUGGUGGCGCUGCAGGAGGGGGACCCCGACUCGCUGGAGAGGACCGCGGGGGCCAUCAGGGGGCGAGCCAACAGGGUGUGCUCGGUGGUGACGCAGGAGAUGGACAACUACGAGCCCUGUAUAUACACCAAGCGUGUGCUGGAAGCUGUUACCGUAUUGCGGGACCAGGUGAUGUCCAAGUUCGCGGUCCGCGUGGACGCGGCCGUUUCGGCCCUCGGGGGGGGCGCGGGCGCGGCCCUCGACGAGAACGACUUCAUAGACGCCUCCAGGCUCGUGUACGACGCCGUCAGGGAGAUACGGCGCGCCGUGCUCAUGAACAGGACCAGCGACGAUCUCGACACGGACACGGAAUUCGAGCCGGUCGAGGAUAUGACCAUGGAGACGAGGAGCAGAUCGAGCGCUCACACUGGCGAGCACGGAGUUGAUGAGUAUCCGGACAUCAGCGGCAUCACUAACGCUAGGGAAGCGAUGCGUAAAAUGACCGAGGAGGACAAACGGAAGAUCCUCCAACAAGUGGAGUUGUUCAGGCGCGAGAAGAUGACCUUCGACAACGAAGUGGCCAAGUGGGACGACGCCGGGAACGAUAUCAUAAUGUUGGCCAAACACAUGUGCAUGAUCAUGCUCGAGAUGACGGACUUCACCAGAGGGCGUGGCCCUUUGAAAACCACCAUGGAUGUGAUAAACGCCGCCAAGAAGAUAUCAGAAGCUGGAACUAAACUGGACAAACUCACCAGGGAGAUAGCUGAACAGUGUCCCGAGUCGUCGACGAAGCAGGACCUGUUGGCCUAUCUGCAGCGCAUCGCCCUGUACUGCCACCAGAUACAGAUCACCAGCAAGGUGAAGGCAGACGUGCAGAACAUAUCCGGGGAGCUGAUCGUCAGCGGGUUGGAUAGCGCCACAUCUCUCAUACAAGCGGCUAAGAACCUGAUGAACGCGGUAGUUCUAACAGUGAAGGCUUCAUAUGUCGCCUCCACCAAGUACACCAGGCAGGGAACAAUAGCGUCCCCGAUAGUGGUGUGGCGCAUGAAGGCGCCGGAGAAGAAGCCGCUGAUCCGGCCCGAGAAGCCCGAGGAGGUGCGCGCCAAGGUGCGCCGCGGCAGCCAGAAGAAGCAGCCCAGCCCCGUGCACGCGCUCGCCGAGUUCCAGAGCCCCGCCGACAGCGUCUAG